UGUUUUAUAGUGAUUUCGGACUGCUAUGAUAUAAUGAUGCGUAGAUUAGAAUUCAUUCAUAAACAAGUUGCAGAAGUUUAGCGCAGUCGUAUUGUUCUUCUGAAUUUUGUCUUUGUGAUGCACAGUGCUUAGUAUAGUAUUUCUGAAACAAAAAGCCUUAACAAUUAUUUAGAAUGGAGUUUCGUUACACUCCAAGCAGAAUUGCAAAGAGACUUGCAUUUGAAAUUUAUGAGAAUGGUGCGUUAUACAAGACGGAGAACAUGAUACGUUUUAUUAUAUUUUGGGGAGUUUUAAUUAUUUUAUGGAUUGGAAAUUAUUUUCCCUUUCUUACUUCUUUCUUUAUUGCAUUUCUGGUUUACGUUUGCAUUGGCGGAUGGAAGUAUAUGUUUUUAAUAUAUAAGACUCUUGGCCGAGAUUUACGGGCCUUAUAUCGGCUUUCUAAAAUGAAAAUGUUUAUUCGCAAGUGCAGGAAACGCAAUGCCACUGUCGGUGAAAUCUUCCAAAGUCUAGUCAAGAAACAUCCAAACAAAACGUGCAUAAUGCAUGAAGACAAAAAGUGGACAUUUCAAGAUAUUGAGGAUUACAGUAACCAAGUUGCAAACUGUUUCCAUAAACUUGGUUUUCAGUAUGGUGAUGAUGUGGCCUUAUUUAUGGACUCCAAAGUUGAAUUUGUUGCCAUAUGGUUAGGAUUGUCUAAAAUAGGUGUUGUUCCAGCUCUUAUCAAUUCCAAUUUGAGACAACAAUCUCUUGCAUUUUCAAUAACGGUAGUGAAUUGCAAAGCUGUUAUCUUUGGUUCAGAGCUUAUUCAGGCUGUGAGUGACGUAUCUCCAUUGUUGAAAGAUGUAGAUGGACUACAGUAUUUUUGUUUAGGAGAAUUUGAUUCUGCUACAGUACCGGCCAAAUCUCUUGAUACAUUAAUUCCAGAGAGCCCUACCACUCCACCCAAGCAUCAUAAAGGAAGCAUGAAUGAUCGAUUAUUUUAUGUUUAUACUUCUGGCACUACUGGUAUGCCAAAAGCUGCUAUUAUCAGACACAGCCGAUUUAUGUGGUUGGGAGCUGGCAUUCACCAUAUGAACACAAUCCAAGACGAUGAUGUCCUUUAUACUGCCCUUCCAUUGUAUCACACAGCAGGAGGUAUCUUAUCUUUAUCUCAAACUUUGCUAUUUGGAAAUACUUGUGGCAUCAGAAGUAAAUUUUCUGCAUCUAAAUUUUGGGAUGAUUGCAUAAAGUACGAAGCAACAGUAGCCCAGUAUAUUGGAGAAUUGUGUCGUUACAUCUUAGCACAACCAGAAAAACCACAGGAUAGACAGCACCAAGUGAGGCUUAUGUUUGGCAAUGGGCUGCGCCCACAAAUAUGGCAGCAAUUUGUUGAUAGAUUUAAUAUACCUAACAUUGGUGAAUUAUAUGGAUCAACUGAAGGAAAUGCUAAUGUCAUUAAUAUUGAUAAUAAAGUUGGUGCCGUUGGUUUCAUGUCCAGAAUAAUUCCAACUAUUUACCCUGUUAGCCUGAUUAAAGUGGAUGCAAAUACUGGUGAACCUAUUAGAGAUAACAAAGGCUUGUGCAUACGCUGUGAACCAGGUGAACCUGGUGAAUUUGUUGGCAAAAUCAUCACUUCAGAUCCUAUUAGACAGUUUGAUGGGUAUGUCAACCAAUCUGCUACCAAGAAAAAAAUAAUUAGAGAUUGUUUUACGAAAGGGGACAUGGCAUUUUUGUCAGGUGAUUUGCUUAUGAUGGAUGAAGAUGGGUACUUGUUUUUCGUGGAUCGAACUGGCGACACAUUCAGGUGGCGCGGCGAAAAUGUCUCAACUAUGGAGGUGGAAGGAAUGAUCAGUAAUAUUCUUCAUCAUACGGAUUCUGUUGUAUAUGGUGUUGAAGUUCCAGGCAAUGAAGGCCGUGCAGGAAUGGCUGCCAUAUCAGAUCCUGAGCAUAAGGUCGAUUUGAAGCACCUGUUCAAAGAACUGUCCUUGUCUCUUCCCGGCUAUGCUGUUCCACUUUUUGUUAGAAUAUGUGAUAGUUUAGAAUCCACUGGCACAUUCAAGCUAAAAAAAGUGGAUCUCCAAAAAGAAGGCUUCAAUCCAUCGACUAUGAAGGACCCUUUGUAUUACCUCAAUAAAAAAGAAGGGGCUUAUGUUCCACUGGAUGCAGAAGUGUACGAAAAAAUCUGCAAUGGCCAGAUUCGUCUAUGAAGUGUUCAUCAUCCACCUGUAGACAAUUUUUCAUCUUCACUUGCAAAGAGUUCUCAAAAUUCAAACAGUUUAGUUUUAUAUUUACUGCUAAAUCAAAAGAAGGUUAACAGUGUUGGAAAGUGUGUGAAUUGUGAAGGGUAUAAGAAUUGAUAUUGCCUUCUUAUUCUAUGAAAGCUUCAAUUUCAGAUAUGCUUGUAGGGAAAAUAUUAACGCACAUAUUGUUCUUAGUCUUCAUAAAUUCACACUGAAAUGUUUUUUAAUAUGUCGGUUGAAAACGAUGUUUGUUGGCAUUUUUAAGAAAGGCAAAUAUAUGAUGUGUACAUGUUAAAGCUUGGUGAUAUUUUAUUUGUGGUAUGCCAAGAUUCAAGUUUCUAUUGUUGAAUCUAGUGUUAGACAUGAAUAUAGCAAAAAAUAUUUAGAAGAAAAAUGGUGCAUAAGAAAGUUUUGCAUUUUGAGAUUUUUCUCAUAUAAAGUGGUGGAAUAUAUAAAGAAUUUUUAAUCAUUAAUAUUCUGCAGAUUUGUAAAAUAUUAUAUUUCAUUUUAAAUAAAUUUGAGACUGGUUAGAUUGGCAAUUUGCUUCAUAUUGUAAAUGAAAUGAGCAAGAAGCUUUUAGAAAAUUCUGCCAUGAAUUAACUAAAUUUUUUAUAUAUGAAAUUAUUGCACCUAAAUAACUAUUUAAUACACACUUAAAAUACUUGAAUGUUCUCAUUUUAUUCUGGCUUAUAAAUUGGAUAAAAGGUUUUCUUUUUUGUGUGUGUGAGUUUAUGAUACAUAUUAUGAAAUUUUAACCUUUAAGUAAAUAUUGUAUAAAUUUAACUGUAACAUUAUUCUUUUUAAAAUCUCAGCUACCAAAAAAAUUCAUUGCAUGUUUUAUACUCCCUUACUAUGGUGAAUUUAUGUCUAACUCUUGAUUUCAUGAACUUGAACCAAUAGGAUUUAAUCCUUUGUGAUAAAAAACAAAACAAAUUAAGUUUCUUCCCCUUUUUUUGUGUAUGUGUUUGCUAUACUUAAAUCAGAAUUAUCUGACUCUCUGUUCUUUUUGAUGUUUGUUUAUUAUUUAAAAAUGUUUUAUGAAUGCAUUUAAAUCUAUGGUUUUGUUUCGCAAUUCAUUAACUGUGAUUGAUUAGGCACAUAUGUUGAAAGAGAUUUUUUUUUUAUUUGGCAUUUACUUAUACUAUUUAAUCUCUUAGAAGGUGUUAUGAAGUAUAGUUUGUAUGCAGAGUAGUGAAUUUGCCUUCCAUGUAAAUGAUUAAUUGACUGAAUACCACAUAUAUUAUAAAAAUGUGUCAUAGGCUAGUUCAUCUAUUCUGUUUUUAAAUUAGGCCAUAAUUAUGUUAAUAGCUGGUCAUUAUUUAUGUUAGCUAAAGGAUUGCAUGGUAUAAUCAGAAGUAAAUUUUAGAAUAUAAAUAAUGUUAAAUAAAACUUUUUGCCCAGUAGUUCUGUAUUCUAGAAUUAAGACCUUUAGGCAUGCUUUAUAUGAUUGAUUAUACUGAACAUUUAUUAUUCAUUUGAAGGUUUUUUUUUUUUUUUUUUUUUUUUAGUUUUUAGAAUACAUGCAUUUGUUUAUUUCAAACUUUCGUAUUUCCUAUAUGUUUACUUAUAAUUUAUUUUAAAUAGAUUUUAAAAAAUGUGGUACAUUGCCUGCUUAUAUUAAUUUGAAACACACUAAAUUUUCCUAUAUGUUUACUUAUAAUUUAUUUUAAAUAGAUUUUAAAAAAUGUGGUACAUUGCCUGCUUAUAUUAAUUUGAAACACACUAAAUAUUUAAUUUGUGUGCUUUAAGUUCAGUAAAUUUUAUAUUGGAAUCUCUUCUCUUUUUCUUGUUUAGAAAGCAUUUAAAAUUCAAGAUUUUUUUUUUUUAAUGAUACAAGUAUUAAAUCAAUAAAAUUCUCUUACAGGGACCACAUAAUUUUGAUUAGAAAGCAAGAACAAAUUCAUUCCUUUUAAACUAUGAUUGUAUUUCCAUUGACAAUGUCUUUUAGUUUUCCAUUAUACUCUGUUAAAGAAAGUAGGCGUCUGUGAAUUUCGAAAAAGUUAUUAUAUAUAUUUAUAAAAAAAUUUCUGCUUUUAUAUAUAACAACUGUGAUUGAAUAUGUAUUGAAUCUAUUUUUGCUUGUAUGCAUCGUUUGUACUUGUUGCUGAAAUGCAGUCUUGUUUUAAUUCAAUAGAGAUAAGAUUCUGACAGAAAUAUUUUUAUAGCAUUUAGAAAUAAACUCUUUACAUUUAGUUUAAUAUGUAUAAAAACAUUUCUCUGUAUUGAAGUUUUAUUGGUUGUGAAAACUUUCUAAUAAUUGUAUGAAAUCUAACAAUUAUUUACAGAAUUUCUUUUAUUAUUAUACUUAGAAUCUCAAUAAAAUAUAUUCUGUUCUUUCAUGUCAUUUUCCUGGGAAGAAUUUUACUAGUUAUAAUCCUAAUCAGAAACCUAAUAUUCCAAUAUAUUUGUUUAGAUUAUGUUAAGCAAAUAUUCUUCUUCUACUUAUUCCAUGAAAAUAUUAGUUUUAUGAAAAAUUUUGAUCAUUUGAAUCGUGAGCUACUUAAAACUCGUUUAUCUUUAGUUAAACUAUUUAAAUUUGUUGGAAUGGUUGUAAAAAUUAAAUUUAUUUCAUCAGUUAACUGCAAUUUUAUAGAACUGAACAACGAAUUUGUAUGAAUGUGCCUCUCAAUAAAUAUCCUAACUAAAAAUUAAGAAUUGCAUUCUUUUAACUGAAUUUGUGUGGAGAAUUGAAGUUAAAGAAUCUGCUAAUAAUUUUUUGUAGUUAAAUAAUAAAUCAGUUUAAAGUUAAUAACUUCUUUUGGAAAUGUUUUUCUUUAAUUUUGUUUCCCAAAUUUUCAAAAUUAAAUUCAAACAAUGAAUCAAGCAUAUAGAUGAAGUGGCAUUAAGCAUUUGAUGUAGUAUUUGCUGAUUCUGACUUGAUCAUGAUACUCAAUUUAAACAUUGGUUCAGCUUGAUUAUUAUUUCGCCUGAAAAUAUUUGUUUUGAUUAUUGUAUAUGUAAACUAAAACAUAUGAGAGAAAAUAAUUUUAGCUUAAAUUAAAUCGAUAAUUAUUUAUAAUAUACUGUUUAUUCCUUUUUUAUGAAAUUGAAAUUUAUUGACCUUCUGAAAUUGAGAUUUACUACCAUUUUUCAUUGUCUGAAAAUUGAAGGUUUUUUAUCUACAUUAAAAUUAUUAAAUAUAAAAAAAUAGGUAACUUGUGUUGAUUGCAUAGUGAUGAUAAAUGCUUGCAGGGGUUUGAUUGGUGCUUCUUGAGAUGUUUUUCUUUUUUCCAACAUAUCUAUUAUUCUGUAUUCCUGUGGGGCAAGAAUGCCAUGUUUGGAAUAAUUUUUUUAGUGGUUUAUUUUCUUCUGUUUAUUAAAAAAUAUUCUUGAAAAGGAAUAAAUGUCAAUAACUUAAGAAUUAUUAUGCAUUUAUAAUUUUUAAACAUUUUAUGCUUCUUAGUAAAAAAUAAUAAUAAUAAGACUAAAGUUUUUGAAUUUUUAUUUUGUAAGUGUUUUUUAUGGAUUGUUUCUCCCUUAAUAAUAUUCUCAUAAUAUACUCAUAUUUAAUAAUAUACUCAUUAUUUUGUAAUGAAUUACUUACAUAUGGCUGAAAGUAGUUAUUUAUUUUUUAUCAGCUACCUUUUUUGCUUGGUCUCAGUCUUUGAACCUGUAUUUUGUUUUAACCAUUGCUAUUUAAGCUCUAUUAGUACAUGUUUUAAUGAUUUGUCAUGAAAACAAUUUAAAAAUAAUAAAUUU